CUCACCGUCAGUUUAGUUUUAUACUGUGACGGAGGUAGCGGGUGCGUUGCGUUGGUAUUCUGGCACCAAAAAUUUGAACUGAAAUCUUAAGUAUGGAACCCUAGAAUUUCUGUGUUUCUUCGAAUCGGUGAAAUUUAUCUCUUGAGACGCGGAGAAAUGUCGACGGACCUGCUUCUGAAGGCGAGUUGCAGCGGAUGUGGAUCAACCACCGAUCUCUAUGGAAGCAAUUGCAAGCACAUGACUCUGUGCUUGACCUGCGGCAAAACCAUGGCUGAGAAUCGCGCCAAAUGUUACGAUUGUGGCGCCAUCGUCACUCGCUUGAUUCGAGAGUAUAAUGUUCGUGCAAGUUCUACCAAUGACAAAAACUACUUUAUUGGAAGAUUCGUAACGGGGUUGCCUGAUUUUUCGAAGAAGAAAAGUGCUGAAAACAAGUGGUCUCUGCAGAAGGAUGGACUGCAGGGCCGCCAAAUUACUGAUACCUUGCGGGAGAAGUACAAGAACAAGCCUUGGCUCUUGGAGGACGAAACAGGACAAUCCCAGUACCAGGGUCAUCUGGAAGGUGCACAAUCAGCUACAUAUUACCUGCUAAUGAAGGAAAAGAAGGAGUUUGUUGCCAUUCCUGCUGGUUCUUGGUACAACUUUAACAAGGUUGCACAAUAUAAGCAAUUGACUUUGGAGGAAGCAGAAGAGAAGAUGAAGAAUAGAAAGAAAACUGCAGAUGGGUAUCAAAGAUGGAUGAUGAAAGCAGCAAAUAAUGGGCCUGCUGCAUUUGGUGAACAUGGUAGGUUUGAUGACAAGGAAAGCAACACAGGUGGAGGUGGAGGUGGAGGGAGAAACCGUAAAAAAACUGGUGAGGAUGAUGAAGGUCAUGUCUCAGAUAAAGGAGAGGAGGAUGAAGACGAGGAAGUAGAAAGGACGAAUAGACUUGGACUUAAUAAAAGAGCCGGUGAUGAUGAUGAAGAAGGUCCAAGGGGAGGGGACCAUGAUCUAGAUGACGAUGAUGUUGAGAAGGGUGAUGAUUGGGAGCAUGAAGAGAUUUUCACUGAUGAUGAUGAAGCUGUUGGCAAUGAUGCUGAGGAAAGGGAAGAUUUGGCUCCUGAAGUUCCUGCUCCUCCUGAAAUCAAGCAGGAUGAUGAGGAGGAAGAUGAAGAUAAUGAAGAGGGGGGAGGUCUGAGUAAAUCUGGGAAAGAGCUGAAGAAGUUGCUUGGGCGAACUGGUGGUCUUACUGAGUCUGAUGCAGAGGAUGAUGAUGAUGACGACGACGAUAUGGAUGAUGAGGUUGGAGUUCCUCCUGUGGUUGCUACAAAACAGAAGGAUGCACUUAAGGAAGAACCUGUUGACAACAGCCCUUCAAAACCCACAGCAACCGGACCUGCUCGUGGAACACCUUCUUCUUCAAAGUCUUCGAAAGGGAAGAGAAAAUUAAAUGAGGAAGCAAAACCAUCUAAUGGUGCAACACCAAAAAAGGUGAAGACAGAAAAUGAACCAAAAUCAUCUGCCAAAGAUGUAAAUGUGUCUGCAUCUAAAAGUAAUGCACCUCCAAAAGGCACACCUCCAUCAUCAUCAUCAUCAAAAACUGGUUCUUCCACCGCAGCUUCUGGACCCGUGAGUGAGGAAGAAAUUAGGGCUGUUUUAAUGCAGAAGACUCCAGUGACCACACAGGAUCUUGUAGCUAAAUUUAAGGCAAGACUGAGAUCUUCAGAGGAUAAGCAAGCGUUUGCUGAGAUCCUGAAGAGAAUCUCUAAGAUACAGAAGAAUACAAAUGGAUCCAGUUAUGUUAUCCUGAGAGAUAGGUGACAAUGUAUUAUCCCAAUGAUCGGUUGAAACGGAAGAUGCAGCAUUAAAAAGACAGAAGUUAAUAUACCUUGUAUAAUUUUACAUGUUGGGCACUAUCUUCGACGUGCUAUGACUAGUUUUAUAUUAGUAUUUGGAAGCUAAUGACCAUUCAGAGUACAACUUUUGUUGUUAAAACUCAAAAAUCAGAUUUCAAUGGGUUGCAAAUGGGAGUGAAUAUGAUAUAUGAUGUAAUACAUUUCGUGCAUUGAAUAAACAGCUUGUACCAGUUGAUGAUAUGGUAGACGCAAAUGGAUUA